ACAGCCAAUCAGUGGCCCUAUUGGGGGACCCGCCUUUAUUAUCUACCAAUCAGAGUCGCCAUUGAUUGACCAUCAACCAAUCACAGCUCAGCUGACCUGCCCGUCUCUAUGUCCUCAGUCGAGUUCGCAGAUCCCAGCUACCGGUUUGUAGAUAAGUUUUCAGUGGUUCUGUAUCCCUAAGUUCUUAAAGAUCACGCAAGAUGUCAGCGUUCUUCGUUCGCAACGCUCGCACGCUAGCCGCCGCCGGGGGAGUGGGCGUGGCCGCCGCCUCUGCCUGGUACUAUGGCAACCAGACCGUUGAUGCCCGCGUGGGCGGGGCCAGAAAAAUGUACCCCCCAAGAACGUGCACCCGGUGCCUAUGGACCUCGGCGCCGCUGGCCGUAGCCUUUAUGCUGGGCUUCCUGACCAGCUCUGUCCACCAGCGCUACUCGUGCACGCUACGUGCCGCCGACAAUGUGCCAAUGAAACCGGUCAGAAAAAGAUACCCUCCUAGUGCUGACUAUCCUGACCUGAAAAAGCACAACAACAUCAUGGCCAGUAACCUGACACCCAAGAUCUACGCCAAGCUGCGGGACAAGGCCACGCCCGCCGGCUACACGCUGGACCAGUGCAUCCAGACGGGGGUGGACAACCCCGGACAUCCCUUCAUCAAGACGGUCGGGAUGGUCGCCGGAGAUGAGGAGUCAUACGAGGUAUUUGCUGAACUGUUCGAUGCCGUUAUCGACGAACGGCACGGCGGCUACGGCCCCAACGACAAGCAUCCCACCGAUCUGGACUGGACCAAGAUCCGCGGGGGGAACUUUGACGACAAGUACGUGCUGUCCAGCCGCGUGCGUACGGGACGGAGCAUCCGUGGCCUGAGUCUGCCGCCAGCCUGCACCAGAGCAGAGAGGCGUGAGGUGGAGCGUGUCGUGUCUGACGCCCUGGCUAACCUCGCGGGAGAGUUCGAGGGGAAGUACUACCCACUGAACAACAUGACAGAUGACGAGCAGCAGCAGCUGAUCGAUGACCACUUCCUGUUUGACAAGCCCGUCUCGCCGCUCCUCACCUGCGCUGGGAUGGCCCGCGACUGGCCCGACGGACGCGGCAUCUGGCACAACUUCAACAAGACAUUCCUGGUGUGGGUUAACGAGGAGGACCACACCCGGGUCAUCUCCAUGGAGAAGGGUGGAAAUAUGAAGCGUGUCUUCCGCAGAUUCUCUGAGGGACUCAGCGAGGUGGAGAAUCAGAUUAACAACAAGGGCUGGGAGUUCAUGUGGAACGAACACCUGGGCUACAUCCUCACCUGCCCAUCUAACCUGGGAACAGGCCUGAGGGCUGGAGUUCACGUCAAGAUCCCCAGGGUGUCAAAGGACCCGCGGUUUGAGAACAUCCUGAAGGCCCUGCGUCUGCAGAAGCGCGGUACCGGCGGCGUGGACACCGCGGCCGUGGGCGGCACCUUCGACAUCUCCAAUGCCGACCGCCUGGGCAACUCUGAGGUCCAGCUGGUGCAGAUCGUGAUUGACGGUGUGGAUCUGCUGGUCCGCAUGGAGAAGGAGCUGGAGCGCGGGCGCAGCAUCGACAAGCUCAUCCCCAAGGGCGAUGGCCGCGGGCUGUAAGCUCUGGUCUCCACCGUCUCCAAGUCAACUCACCAUCAGCUUCUCAUCGUCUAAAUAACUUCAGACACACUUCAGAAUUCAGUGUGUUUUUUCAGAAAUAUCAAUAACUUGUAGUGCUUCAUCUUUCAUUGAUUUAUUGGAUGAAAAAGAUUCAUGAUAACUGUCUAUGCUUCCAAAUCGCUCACUCAUACAUUCGUGACUGUCUUUUGUAGCAUGAUGUAUUGAAAAAUCGACCAUGUAACUGGAAACUUAAACCACCUUCAAACUUUGUGGUGAAAGACUUCAUCUUCAUUCUGUUACAUUGUGUUUUGUCAAAACACACCAGAAAGGAUUUCAUAAGGUGCUUCUAUAGCCUGUAUCUUAUACGGUGUUAAGGUCUGAACGUGAAAGUAACAGAUUUUUAGUGAGGUUGGACAUGUUAUCUGUAACGGUAAAGGAAUUCUAACAGUACCCACUCUGGAUCUCAGGAAAGACCAGAAUGUACCAGCAAAAACAAUCUGCUGCUUGGCUAUUGUGUUGUGACCUUUUUGUUGUGAAUAUUAAUUCUGAUGGAGAACUUCCCACCAUUCCCCUCCAUUUAUAUUAGUGCCAAUGCAUUGCUUUAUGAAUUGAUAGAGUAACAUUAUAUCCAGAAGAGUCUAUGAGAUUCCUUUUAACUAUGUUUUGAAUUUUGUGUGCCAUCAAUGCCCACUGGAGAGAGUAUAUAGUAUGUAUAUAUCUAUGGGCUGAUAAUAUUUACCCAUAUGGUAAUUUUGCACUUGUGUUUUAUUGUGUGGAGCCAUUUACUGAGAGCAAUAAAAAGCCAUGUUGAUGUUUCGAACAUUUGGGUAGUUUUGACAACUGACAUUCUCGAUUGCAAUGGUUGUUUUUUUGCGUGUGACAAAUAAAUGCUGAACUAUCAGAGGACAAAA